CGCAGAAUCAAAACAUUGCCACAUGCAGUGGACGUUGAAAAAACAUGCUGUUGUCAUCCCAGAACGUUGAUAUUCCUAUAGAACAGAAAGUCAAAGGAUUUUCUCCACAACACACAGCAAGCCUCUGACGGGACGUUUUUUGUUUUUCACAAUUCGAUGACCGAUGAUCAUACGGGGUCUGGGCCAAUUGAUUCGUCGGGAAAAGUGGACUAGAAAAUUUGAAAAAGUUUGACUUUAACUAAAAAAAUGUCGACGCCGACGCGUCGCGUGACCUAUCUCGAAUUCCGUCGCGAGUACCGAAGUGAGGAACAGCUGCAGCGCCGCGUCUACGGCCACAGCAGCCACACCAACAUGCGGGGAACUAGCGGAAGGAGCUUGCAGUAUCUCGCUGAUGAUAAAAUCAUGAAGGCGGCUUUCGCGACGAUUCCCGACACAAAUUUGUUGUCAGGUAGGACCACCAGAUCUGCAGCGGUGCCAAAAGCUGGCAAUCAUGCCACUUUGACAGCAAGCCAGCAGGAUUCUGACAUGCAGGCGGAGAUCGAGCUCCAGUCUUUUCUUGAAACGCAGCAGGCGGAGGCCUUCGGGUCGCAGACGGUGCAGAAGCAACUGGAGGUGAGUACUAGAGACUACACGACCACGCCAAGUUCAUCUACUCCCGAUUCAUCUUCCGGGAAUAUUUUUAUCGGCCUCGCAAAGGAACUGGAUGUCGCCAAAACGCCCUGCGUCACGUUGGAGCAUUUUCUCGGGAUGGUGUUUUUGUUUUUCGUUCUCUACGGGCUGUACUUGAUCCGCGCCAAGCAGCACAGCAGUUCGAGCCGCAACUUUUACGCAAACCAGUUUUUCGCCGCGGCAGACGUGGUGUACAAAGAGAGCGACAAUUUUACCUUGGAUGGGGAGGAGUCCGAGAACAACCUCUACGCAGCGGACCAGGGGUACUCGACUGAAGAGGAAGAGAUGCACCCGAAGAACCUGGACGCGUUUUCGAAGAAAAAACACUUGUCCAGCAGGGGAAACGCCUGGAUUUGAGAUCGAAUCGACCGGAGGAUUACAAUGUAGCAGUAUCGUAUACUUACAACAAGGUUCUAGUUUUGGGUUUUUAUUUUUGAAAUGUGUGCUAUUGCAUAGUCUUAGUCAUAGUGGUUCUACUUCUAUCGGUUCUAUAGUAAUGUACUUUACAUUUGUUUCACUUGUUGCGCAGUUUUCUGAAAUAAAUCGAGAUUUCAUCGGACGUUGAAAGUGCAUGGCAGCCUGUCUUUGCAUCGCCGUUCAGUUGUUCACAUAUGGUCUACGUUUGUCGGGAGUUGAACAUGAUUUGUUUUAGGAGCUUUGUCAUAAAUGUAGAUGUACAAUAUUUUGUUGAAUUUAUUUCACGUGAGGAACAAAAACAAAGAAAAACCCGCCUCGGGAUUUGUGUCUCCCUCUACUCUUGUGGCUCCCC